CAUGGCAGCAGGGGGAAGGAGGGCGGCGAGCUAGAGAGUGAGAGAGUGAGUGAGAGGGAGAAACAGAGAGAGAGGCAGCCGCGGCUGACAGGGAAUACUGGUGCCAUUUUCACAUCGCGGGAAGGAUUCAUUCCUGCUCCGCUCGGCUCCGCUGUGGAAGAAGGGAACGAGGGAAGAAGGGAACGAGGAAGGAGGAAAAGAGGAGAAGGAAGGAGGCUGACAACUAUAAAACAGAACACCCCCACCCCCGACCCCCUCCCUCCCCCCGCCCCUCCUAUAGCUGGAGCCAUGCAGUCGUUCAGCAGAGAGAGGAGCGGUUUCCAUGGCAACCAGCCCUGCUACCAGCAGGAGCACCAUGAAUUAUCACGCCUGGAGAGCUACCGACAACACCCCCACCACGGACAGACCAGGCAGGUCUACGAGGCGCACGCGCUGGCCACCGCUACAGGGAUGCCCCCAGCGGGACCAGGGGCCGGACCUGGACCAGGAAGUGGACCCAUACCUGGACCUAAGGACUGUUACAGCCAGCAGGCAUACCCUGGAUACCCCCAGGGUAAUGGAGGCGGUGUGAGUGGUGGUGUGGGUGGUGGAGGAGGUUCCACGCCUCAUGAUAAGAAGGCUUACAGUGGGGGGAGCCAAGGACCUCCUCCCACUCCCCAGCAUAUGCAGGCGGGCGGCUACAGCAAUCACAUGGGCCCGGGGGGAUACCCGGCCCAGUAUAUGAGUGAGGGCCACCUCCAGCAGUCUAAGUGGGACGACCCAGCUCAGCUAGCUCAGUACGAGCAGGAGAUGGUAGGCAGGAUGGAGCCAGGUCCCCCUGGGUCUUCCCAGUAUCUGGACCAGAACAUGCUGGCUCACUCCCAGAGCCAGUGUCACCAGCCCCACCAAGCCUCUGCUCCGGUCUACACCAGCCCACACCACCAGCCCCAUCCCGCAAACCCAGGCCAGUCCCCGUUGAUGUACCCCCAGAGCCACCUCCACUACCCCCAACAUCCCCCGUCCCCCUCGCCAUCCUCCUCCUCCUACAUGGAGAAGUGCAGCCCAAUGCCCCACUGUUACAAGGGAUAUAGUAUGCCGCCCAGCUCCCAGUACACUAGGCAGAUGGGCAGCCACAGUGGUCUGAAGCAGGGGGGAUACCGCCCGCCACCCCAGAACAGUUACAGCUACCAACAGGCUCCCUCCAGGGGUGGCUACGAGCCCCAGCCCCCACUACAAGGCAUUCCCACUCCCCAGGAGACCCACCCCAAAUACCAACACUUCAGCCAGCCCCAGCAGAACUACUGUCUGUCCGAGCUGUCCGUCAGAUCCCCUGAGCAGUACUACCAGACAUGUAGUCCCGCCUCCAGCCACUCCCCUGCACGCUCUGUAGGCCGCUCGCCCUCCUACAGCUCCACCCCUUCCCCUUUGAUGACCAAUCCAGAGAGCUUCCAGUACAGCCAGCCACCAAUGACCCCAGGGGCGGCUUCUUCGUCCUCCUCUUCCUCAGCGGGUCUGCAGGACCAGGGCUUGCUGAUGCCGCCGCGCUCCCACCCGUCCUCGUCCCCCAACGUGGCCCACCCAACCCCGCAGCACAGCUACACACAGGGGGUUUCCAUGAAGGAGCGCUUCUCUGAGAAGCUGCUUGCCAACCCCAGCCUGUGGAGCCUGAAUGCCCUCACCUCUCAGGUGGAGAACAUCUCCAACAAUGUGCAGCAGCUGCUGCUCUCCGAGGCCAUGGUCGCCAACAAGAAGGGGGCCAAGCGCAGCAGCAUUGGGAGCAGUGGAGGCAGCUCCUCCAAGAAGGAAGAGGUUUAUAAAGGAGUGCCAGGAGGCCCCGAGGGUCAGCACGGUGGGGCUCCCAUGCAGGACCCCUACAGCAUCAACCAGCACCAGCUCGUCCCCAUGGAGAUGCAGGAGGGGGGGUACUCCAGUAGUUCUGACGAGCAGCUGGAGAGGGGGUACUACUACUGCGGCCAGGGUAGGAGCCCAGCUCAGGCCCCCAACAACACACACUUGGGCCUGGACACGGCCUCAUCCUGCUCCAUGACCUCUCCGGAUGACAUGUCCACCCGGUCUGGUGACUCUGUGUCCGGCCUGCAGAGCGUGGCUUCCAGGGACAACAUGACCCCUGACCCCAGGUCACAGGGGGGACACGAACCCCGACAAACCCCCAUGAAGAGCUUGGGGGAUGAGAGGUCCCCUGUGAGUGUGACGAUUCCCAGCCCCAUGAAGCAGGAGAGCCAGUCCCCUCCAGACAUCCAACGUCUUGGCUUGCCACUGAAGGAAAACUUUGAGGAGUUGGCCUGGACAGAGAAAAUAGCAGACUAUGAGGAUGAUGGCGUGAAAAAGACCUCCGACAGCGAGAGUGACCGCAGAGGCAGCGAUAAUGUCACAGAUACCUCUGAGAAGCGGGAGAAAUGGCCAGAGGACGAGAAAGGCCCAGCGCUGUAUAGCAAGAUCAACAAAGCAGUGACCGAGGGAAAGAGCUACUGCUACAACGAGAACAUGUACCACAAGAUACAAAACAAAUAUGACCGAGGCAAAGGGGACUCGGCAGAUAAGUCCCCAAGCCUCUCAGACUCCAGCCACAAGGGAGACCUGGGCCAGGAGAUGAAAUCGGAGGCCUUCAAAUCCGAAUCUCCCACUGACUCUGAGAGCUCAGUGAAGACAUCCCCCUAUAUUUCCAGGGGUGACCUUGACCAAGAUCAAUAUUUAACAGAGAAGGAAGACAGCUCGGAGAACACAUCCCCUACCCCACGGGGCGAGGUUUUGGACCAGAGGCUCUCCGCCUCAGAGAAGAGAGAGGGCAGAGAAGAAGAGGAGGAGGAUGAGGAGGGGGAGGAGGAGAGAAAGCAGAACUCCAUAUCUUCUCCUCUGUCUGCUGAGGAGAGAGAGGGAGAAGAGAGUGAGAGCCUGCCAUCAACUGAGAAGUACCUCAACGAGCCCACAGGAGAAGAGAAGGAGAAGCCUUCUAGAGAACUGUGCAGCAGAACAGAAGGCCAGAGCCUGGCUGAGCCUCAGCCUUACAGUAACACAGAGUCGGCAGAGACAGAAAGCCAAGCAGCACAACCAGAUGCAACAGCAGCAGCAGCAGAAUCCCCAGAAAGUGGGUCAGCCAUUUGUGACACUCCACCCCAGUCUCACUCAGCCAUGAUGGUUUUCUCAGCUCUCAGCGAGAUAGCAACACCUCCAGCUCCGUCUCACACCAGGGACCAUAUUGAUCACAGCGAUUCCAACGUGUUGGAGCCUGACUCCCCUCAGCUGCCGGGGAAGUCCAUACUGCACUCAGCGCCCUCCUGGGCCAACACCCCACCCUCGCCAAAGAAAGGUGAUGAGGACAUGGAGCCGGGCAUCAGCUGCCCAAGCGCUGUGACCCCCUCAGCCAAGCCAGAACCCGUGGCCCCAUCUGCACACCCGCAGGCUUUCGGCCGGAAGCACGGCCGAGGCAGGAGGAGACUGAUGCACUCAGGUGUGGAAUUCAGGAGACAGCUGAGUGUGGAGAGAGAGGGGGAGAGUGCCCCCUCGCCACUGCAGAAACCCUGCAUGCCCUCCAGCAAGAGUGCUCUGUUCUCCGAUCAGCUAGACAUGGCCGCUCACCAGGACAUAAUCACAACGAGCGAGACACCCAAACUGCUUGUUGAGGGCUCCCGCUCCAGAAUGUGCACUCGCUCAUUCAACGCGCAGGACACUCCUCCUAAGGAUCCCCAGCCCCCUGAAAGACGGAAACCAGGGCGGAAACCAGGUUCGAAACCAGGCCCAAAACCAGGCCCGAAGUCAGGGUUAAAACCAGGGCCUAAACCAGGACUAAAACCAGGGCCAAAACCAGGUUCAAAGCCAAGUCUAAAACCAGGACCAAAACCAGGUUUGAAACCCGAUUCGAAGCCCAGCCCAAAACCAGGUUUAAAACUGGGGCCUAAACCAGGCCCAAAAACAGUUCUAAAACCAGGGCCUAAACCGGGUCCAAAACCAGGACCAAAACCUGGUCCAAAACCAACUGAAGGAGCACCCCGUGGUCGUCCCAGGGGUACGGGAUCUAAGUCGAAGUUGGCAGAACAGGAAGGUCCCAUUCAACCCAUAACAGGGGGUCCAGGAAGAGGCCAGAAGAGCUUGAUUAUCAACAGUCAGCAAGGUGAUGGGAAACAGGAAGUGAAAGCUCCAGGCAAGGACGGAAAGAACAUGGUCCUGAGAUCCAGAAAGCCCCCCCAGGAUAAGCUUCCAAAGGAAAAAGAGAAGGUCCAAUCUGAGGGAAUCCUGACUCAAACCCUGACAGGUAUAACAAAGCCUAAUGCAGUGUUACAAAACGAGGGACGUAUGAGCAUAGAGCCAGCCAUCCCUGUCUUUCCUAACCAGACAGACACCAGUAUAACAGACACCAAUACCAGUGUAACAAACAUUAGUAUACCUGUUGCUCCACCUGAGAAACCUAAAGAACCGACUGUAGCUGUACCUCUUGAAACUGCACCUGUACCUCCACUCAAAAGAAAACCCAGUCCUCUGCCUCUAGAGCCUCCGGUGAAGAAAAAGCGAGGUCCAAAACCAAAACCAAAACCACAACAGCCCCAGCCUGAAACUCCCCAUUCUGACCAGGCCAAGCAGCCUCCAUUAGUCAAACCCAAGGAGAUGGGUGUCCGAGGGCCCAAGAGAAGGCUAAAGAGAGGAAGACACAUCAAGGCCUCUCUGAUCACUCUGCUGACCAAAGAUAACCCUCCUCCCACGAUGACUGACAGUGAUGUGGUUAGUGAAAUGCCCAGUGUCCCUUCUCAGUGUCCCACUAAAACCAAGUCUCCCCCGCGCAAAGGCAGGGGUCUGAAAUACGAGGCCAUGGUUCAGAAAAUAAACUCGGGCACCGGUUCGAAGAAACACCCGCCAACACCACAGCCCGAGAGCACAGAGGCGACAGUAGAUGAAGUGACGUCAAAGCCUGUGUCGCUGCCCGUCUCGGAGGAGAGCGAGGCCCCAGUGGCGGCGGUGAGCGCCCCUGAUGUGUCACGGGAGGAGUUAGCAAGGGACGUGGGGAGCUCCACAGGGGCCCAGAACACAGAACAGGCGAGAAGGGUGCAGCAGAACACCGGGGAGGGGGUGCAGCCGGAGCCACUCCCAUCAGGGGUGCCAGACGCUGCAGCGGCGAGCGGCGCCAACAAACCCACCAGGACCAAGAGGAGGAAAUGGGCCAUGGUUGAGAGCACGGACGCCACGGUGGUCGCCAUGGAGACGGGGAGCCUGAUCAUCAACACGCCGCGGCUGGCCAAGCAGAGGGCCAUCAAGAACAACCACGAGAUGCACCUGAAACAGAGGAGGAGGAAGAGGAAAGGAGAACAGCCUUCAGAGGGGCCUGUGGCUGACGAGGAGGUAGAGACAACAACAGCAGAACAGCAGACAGAGACACCCACUGACACAGCGGUAACAACAACGCCCGCUCUACCAGCCGGCCCAGGUGAGAUCACAGACAGCCCGCAGCUAAUCGCCACAGAAAUGAUCCAGCCGCCUCCCUCCAAACGAGGGAGGAAGCCCUCUUCAUCCCCCUCCAAAAAGAGAGGGAGAGCACCAGGUGAACAGCAGAGCAGCAAACCUCUGAGGGUUCACAAAAAACCUGGUCCUAAAAAGGGAAUCAAAGACGCCAUGGAGGUGAUUGAAGCGGUGGUAAAGGCUGCAGGGAGGGAGGCCAGACUCAAGAAGAAGAAAUGGGAAAAGGAAAGUCCUGCAGUGUCAGAGGAAAAGCAGCCAGAGCCCUCUCUCAAACAGGUACUGAGUAAGGCUCCUAAAAGCAGAAUCAAACACUCCUUCUGUCCAUAUGUGCGUAUGGACAGCUCCAGAGACUUCACCUCUCUCUGUACCAUCGUCAACAGGCGCGAUGAAGAGCUGAAGAUGGUGCUUCAGAAGCCCUGGAAAAAGAGCGCGGACAAAAUUAAAAACCCAGUCACAGUUGCCAAGGAGAUACCCAGCUCCUCAGCUAUGCUCCAGGGGCCCUUGGUUAACAAAACGUUAAUUGACAGGUGUCUAACGUGUUGCCUGUGUGGAAAGCCAGCAAAUUACCGUGAGCUGGGGGAUUUGUGUGGGCCCUACUUCCCAGAGGAUAGCAUCCCCCGCAAAAUCCUGUCAGCAAGACAUAUAGAAACCCCGAGGGAAAACCGAGAGAAAAUAAGCUCCAACAGUAGCACCAGGGAACCAAGCAGCAGCACCCCAACAAGCGGAGGAGACCCCGGCUUCAAAAAGGAAGUUAGUAAAAAGGUGGAUAUGGAGACAGUCACAGAGGAGGGCAGUAGUAGUAGUGGUGGGAGUCACCAUCAUCAGCCCCACCCCCACCACUGGCGCCCCAGGAGGGCAGAGAGGGCACCGGCGGAGGGCGGAAGCACGCACCGGCCCACCCUACGGGAUCGGUUCAGGAGGAUGCAGAAGCUCCAGGGGGAGAGGAGGGCUGCGGAGGCCACAGCUGGUGGUCAGGAAGGGGGCAAUGGAGGAGGAGGCCUCCUCCAGAGACUGCAGGGGGAGGCUGAGGCUAAGGAACACUGGGCCCAUGAGAACUGUGCUAUCUGGACCAAUGGGAUCAUCAUGGUGGCAGGGAGGCUGUACGGCCUGAAAGAGGCUGUUCACACCUCCACAGAAACGAGCUGUUCCAAGUGCCAGAGAGUGGGCGCGUCCAUCAGCUGCUGCUGGAAAGGCUGCCCUCACAAAUACCACUACAUCUGCGCCAAGGAGAUAGGCUGCAUGUUCCAAGACGACAACUUUUCACUGAAAUGUCCGAAACACGAGGCUUUGUAAAAUAGAGCACUACCCAGCCCCAGUGAGCAUCACCUAUGCAGUACGACAGACAGACAGACAGAUAGGACAUCCCUCCACCCAAACCUGAUGAUGAUGAGUCAUGAUGAGACGUCAUGACGGACAGACGCAUCAGCCAAUGGGGACGGCUGGGGAUCCUCUGAGGCACCACCGAUGGCAGCAAUACAGACACAAGACAGCAGGUCCCUCAGAGCAACCCCCGUAACUCCUGGCAACGGCACUGCUUUAUCUCAGCCACCCCUGAUAACCAGACAGAGAGACAGAGAGACAGAGAGAGGGACUGCAUUGUCUGUCUGACAGACAGUCUCCUUCACGGAGAGACGGACUGCGGUGUUUUGAGAGAGUCUUUCACAGCCCUGUCUGUCUGUGUCUGGAGUCUAGACACCUGGCAGCCAUGGUUACUUAGAGACCACCCCUCCAGAGAAAGAGGGGGAGAGAGAGGGGGAGAGACAGGGAGAUGUUUUAAAUUCAUGCUGCACUGUUCUGCCUCCGGAACGGUCGCUAUCAUUUUUGGACACCUGGUGGAUUGCGAUUGGCCAGAAUAGGCCCCCUCCGGCUAUGCUGUCCGAGUUCCAGGUCGCGGUGUGUGUAUGACAUCAACUGUGUGUGUGUGUGACAUGGACUGCGUGUGUGUGUGUGCUUGUACAAGGAAGGGAACGAGCGUGUUCCAAUUCAAGAUGUCAUGCGUCAAAAGAAGCCGCCCCUCCCCUGGAUGUAUCUCAAUGUGCGCUUAAGUGUUAUAAAAAUGUACAUUGCGUGUUUUAACAGAUUGUAAAUAUGAUUCUGAUAUUGACAGAAAGAAGAAAUGACGGUAUUAGAAUAUAACGCUCUUCUUCCGGUAUGUAUUUUGAUGUGCAUAUUACGGCUAUACGACACCAUUGAGUCAGCGUUGGUAUCUGUCCCGCUUUGUGUUCAAUUAAACAUUUUUAUAAAAAUAAAGGUUUCAAUAUUCACACUAGCGUACUACUUUAGAAUGCAUGCCUUAUACAUUGCUCCAUUCUAAGUGGGUAGUGUGCUAAUUUGGAUAUUG